AGGGCACACCCGCCCGUCACUUCUCUCUCCACGCCCGGCCAGAAUUGGGGGUGUUCUGAGUGCACCGCCCGAGACGGAGAGUAGGGGUGCCGGAGAGCGUGCCAGGCGCUUGUCAGGGGGUGCAAAGAUGAGAGCUGUGUCCUGCGUCUUCCUGGCCACGCUACUGAAAGCUGCGAUUUCACAAGUAUCGGAAGAACCCAAUACUUACACGGAAUGCACCGACGGCUAUCAGUGGGACCCCGAAAGUCAGCACUGCAAAGAUAUUAACGAAUGUGAGACCAUCCACCACGCCUGCAAAGGAGAAAUGAAAUGCAUCAACCAUUACGGUGGAUACCUCUGUCUUCCUCGUUCGGCCUCUGUCAUCAACGAUGUGAAUGCCGAAAGGCCCCCCCCUGCCAGCCCCCCCAGGCCAAGACCUCGCCCGCUGCCCCGGCCCUCGAUCCGACCCCACACUUGCUCCCAGGGCUACGAGCCGGACAGGCACGGAUCCUGCGUGGAUACUGACGAGUGUGAAUAUGAUUUACACGACUGCCAGCCAAGCCAGCAGUGCAUCAACACCAUUGGGAGUUUCCACUGCCAGUGCCCGGAUGGCUACCGGAAGAUCGGUACCGAGUGUGUUGACACUGAUGAAUGCCGUUACCGUUACUGUCAACACCGCUGCGUCAACUCCCCAGGAUCUUUCUCCUGCCAGUGCGAAUCGGGUUUCCAGCUUGCCAGUAACAACCGUUCAUGCGUGGAUGUGAACGAGUGUGAGAUGGGGGCCCCUUGCAAGCAACGCUGCUUCAACACAUAUGGCACUUUUAUCUGCCGCUGCAACCAAGGAUUCGAGCUGGACCACGAUGGCUUUACUUGCAAAGAUGUGGAUGAAUGCAGCUAUUCGACCUACCUGUGCCAAUUCCAGUGUGUGAACGAACCUGGUCACUUCUCCUGCAUUUGUCCCCAAGGUUACAAACUCGUGAGCACCCGCCUUUGCCAAGAUAUUAAUGAAUGUGAGACAGGCACCCAUCAAUGUACUGAGUCCCAGAACUGUGUGAACUUCCACGGUGGGUAUCGGUGUGUCGAGAAGAAACUCUGCCAGGAACCUUACAUUCACGUCUCUGAAAACCGCUGCCUUUGCCCAGCCCCAAACCCCCUGUGUCGCAAUAAGCCUUCCUCGGUUAUCCACCGGUAUAUGAGCAUCUUGGCAGAUCGACCGGUGCCCUCAGACAUUUUCCAGAUUCAAGCCACCACCUUCUACCCUGGAGCCUACAACACCUUCCAGAUCCGUUCAGGCAACGAGGAAGGAGAAUUUUACAUCCGGCAAAUCAGCAACAUCAGUGCCAUGUUGGUUCUGUCUCGGCCAGUGGUGGGCCCCCGUGAGUUUGUCCUGGAUUUAGAGAUGGUCACCAUAAACAACCUGAUGAGCUACCAGGCCAGCUCGGUGCUCCGCCUCACCGUCUUUGUGGGCGCUCAUCCGUUCUAGGGGGGAACAGACCUCCCCCCUUACCUGGCGUGGGAAGGAAGGGGAAACGUCGGUCCGAGGUGGAGGAACUAUCAAACAACACGGGGGACGCAGCUCUACUGGUGGUGAGAACAUUGAGGUCUGGUGGUCUCACGGAGUCCCCCCCCCAGCUGUCGACCAGAAUCGCCAACAGCCAGACCUGGAUGGGGCCCGCAGAACCAGACCAGUAGCUUAAAGAUGAACGUGGCCACCGUGGACCCCAUCCGCCCUUUCUUCGCGCUGCUCCUUGACCCGUAACACUGGCCAAUAAUGCCACCUUGUCUCCUGCUCCCGGGGAGGACAACGGGGGGGAGCACCCAGCCCUGCACCCUGGAACAGGGAGAGGACAUUUGAACCUUUCAGCAAAGCUCCAUUUUUAUGUCUCUGGCCCAAAGGGAGAGAGAAAGCGAGAGAGAG